GAACUCGGGGGGGCAGCUCGGAAAGCACAGGGGCCCCAGACAAGGAGAAGGCUUGGCAAAUCCAUCUUGGGAUCAUGGGAAUCCUUUACUCUGAGCCGAUCUGCCAGGCCGCCUAUGAGAAUAACCUGGAAGAGGUGCAGCUCCUUUUAGCCGAGGACCCCAACAAUGUGAACGUUAAGGACAACUAUGGAGGGGACACCCCGCUGAUCUGCGCCUGCAGGAAGGGACACAUACAAGUGGCCGGUUACUUACUCUCUGCCAAAGCCAAUGUCAACCUCACAAAUAACAAAGAGCGCACGUGUUUGCACUACGCCGUCAGGAGAAGGUUCUCAUUCCUGGACUAUUUGCUCAUAAUAAUCCUUAUGCCCGUGCUGCUCGUGGGCUACAUAAUCAUGGUAUCAAAGACCAAGCAGAACGAGCGGCUGAUAAAGCUACUGCUCCAGUCAGGAGUGGAUCCCAACGCUGCGGAUAGUAAAGGGAACACGGCGCUGCAUUACGCCUGCCGGAUGAAAAGCAAGUCCGUGGUACCGCUUCUGUUGGACGCCCGGGCCGAUCCCUACAUGAAGAAUAAGGACGGUGAGAGCCCAAUCGAUAUCGCCGAGAGACUUAAAUUUGUAAAAAUCUUACAGAUGCUGAAGAAAUCCUCCUAGGGACAGAUAAAAAUCUCUACAAACGCCCCCUGUUGGUGGUUACACAGAAGUGCAGGAAGUCGGUGGGAAGUAACCGUAACCAGCAUUUUACCCCUUUAUUAAAAUUCAAGAUUAUAUAAUCUGUGGUAUGGUGGGCAUUUGCCAUUGGCCCCCUGCAUCAAUGGGACCCCGGGGGGAAAAAUGCUUUUAAAAGCAAAUGGGACAUAUUCAGGGAUGAAUGCUGGGAGUUGUAGUCUAACAACUAAAGGGCUGCAAGUUGGAAGUCCAUCAGAUGUGGAGGCCCAACCUUCUCCUCAUUUGUACUCAUUGCCUCAUAAUGGAAUAGAGUGUAUAAGCCGAAUGCUGAUUGGUGGGUUCUGGAGAAAGUUACACUGCAACAGACUGUGACUGGUCUCUGCUUUAUUUAUACAUUUGCUAACGAAGGCAGCCAUUAUUGGUCCCGCCUGUUAUCCAAUUAAACCUAUUUAUAUGAA